AUGUAUAGUACUACAUUACAUACUACUUGGGGUUUGAAAGAAGAUUUGGAAUAUAAAUGUUUAUUAUUCAAGAGAUUAUUAAACAAUGAUAGAGUGUCAAAGGUGAUUUGGUUGAAUGUACACAAGAUAUUGGUUCAAUAUACAAGGAGUUUUAAAAGUGAAUAUCAUCAGAUCACUGCAUACACUCAUUAUCCGAGGGCAAUGCUAUUUAAAUAUCGUGACUAUGCUAGUGUUAGAUGUCUAUCUACACUACUCAAUCGGUUUGGAUGGGAGCAGAUUGACAAGUUGUUUGUCAAUGAUUCAACUCAUUUCUUGGAUGAUACAAUGAUUGAGGAAUUGUCGUAUCUGCGACCCGACUAUAUAUACCAUCACAGUAAUCGUAAUAGUGAAUGGGGAAAACAAGUCUACGGGAUUAUACAAUGUGAAGAAGAGGUUCAAAAGGAUUAUCAAGCAUACGUGGACAACCCAAACAAUUGGAAACAUCCAGAUACCCUAGAACAAGAGCAUCCAACCCAAUACUUGAUUGAUCAAAUAAGACAAUGUACAUUUACCACAAAGUACACCUCAACACAAAAGAAACAAUACAUAACUCAAAUACUCAACAACUUUAAAACACCUACAAUAUCUCAACAACAAAAACAACAAUGGACAAAAAGAUUUGGUUCAAUUGAAACUAAAAGAUCUCAAUCAAUUUGUGAACAAUUAAUAGAAUUUUAUACAAAUCAAAUUAAUCAAAAUAAUAAUAAUAAUAAUAAUAAUUUGGAUGAUACAUUGGAAGGAAUAGGAUUAUUAAAUUUAUUUAGAUAUUAUAGUUCACAACAUGAUAAUUUAUUGGUAGAGAAUACUAUAAAGAAUUAUCCACAAUCAGUGGAAGUGUUGGUAGAUGGUUUGGUCGAGUACGAAGACCACUUUUUCUGUCAUUUCCAUAUGUUUGACGUACUUUGUAAAGUGGGUACACUACAACAAGUACAAUAUCUUGAUAAAAAGAUAUCAUUGUCACCCACAGACGGCGUACGACAAUCAAAGGCAUCACACAAAGCAAUGGAUUGGGCAGCAUCUCGACCAGAUUCAAAGGCUGCAUUUGAAAUUACAAGAUUCCUACACCUAAAUCGUGAUGAACAAUGUACACACCACGCAAUACAAGACAACAAAAACACAGAAGUGGUUUUAUACCUUAUCAAACACAAACCAGUCCUCCAACACUACUAUAGUAUCCAGAGUGCCAUCAUGUCGCUGGAUCUGUCGUUGAUCAAAUUUAUGCAAGAUCAUUAUCAAUACGUAGAUAUAAAGGGACAUAGAAACAGCCGACCAGUUGUGAUAUCUCGUUAUCUUGUUGACGAGAUGACAUCAAGUCUCUCUGAUGACAGCCUGUGCUCUAUGAUUACCUAUCUCUUUCAACACUUUCAGGAAGAGAUUUCUAUCUACACCAUGUUUGCCUCUGCAUGCUGUAAUGCUAGAAUGUCGGCUGUCAAACUACUCCAUUCUCUAUUUCCUCCCAGUCAAAGCAGUGGUACAGCUCUUGUCAGUGAAAGAGCACGAACUACUAUUCUAGAUGAUGCGUUCUUGGUUGGUGUGGAUGAUGAAAUAGUUGAUUUUCUCAUCCAGAAUAGACCAGACGUUCAAUUUGGAGAGGAUACAUGGACCUAUAUUGGAUCAAAAGGUACAAUCAACCAAUUGGAAAUGGUUAUAAAAGAACAUGCAAGUAGGAAUAAUAUUGGAUUGGCGGUGGUGGUGGACUUGGAUCAAGUUCAUCGUAUCAUAUUGACAAAUGCAAUCAAAUAUGAAAAUCAACCAACUCUCAAUACUCUUCAUUAUCUGUACUAUCGAUCAUUGGUUUCAGGUCGUGUAGAUAUUGCCAAAGCUAUUGGUGAGCGUUUAGUAGAAGACACUCAACACUUGCAAUUAUCAGAUCGAGAAUUGAAUCAUAUAUUCAUCUCAAGAAAAUUGGUUUCAUUACAAUACCUUGCACAAAUUGGGUCAAUCACUCAAUCCAUUUUAGAAUCUCAACCUUUUAUUCUUGCCAAUUUUGAUUCCAUUCAAUCAAAUACAAUUAAAUUAUUUCAACAAUUUAAUUUAAUAUUUCCAAGACAAACUAUUCAUUAUAGAGAUCAAGAUGAAGAAAAAGAAGAAAAAGAAGAAAAAGAAAAUAAGAUUCCACCUUUAUCAAUAUCUCAACCAAAUCCAACAUUAUUUUUAAAAAUAUUUAAAAAUAGUUAUUUAAUUUCAAAAAUAAUGUCAUUUACACAUUUACCAAAUCAAGAAAGAUUGAAUUGGAGUAGAAUAGAAGAAGCUAUUGAUAUUUUCAAUUUAUCACCAAAAUACUUUAAAUUGGUGUACAACAACAUGUCAACUGGAAAGAUUAAAAAUAUUGAUUCAGCAUUUAUAGAACGUGUCAUUACUUGUCGAGACUUGGAAAUAUACCGAUUGUUGUUAGAUGACCAUCUAGAUACUUUUACAUUUGACCAUAUCGUCACACUGGCAGGAUGCUAUGACAUUCAAAUGUUGGAUAUGCUAAUGUUGGCACUUGACCGUCAAAAGAAACAUUUAGAAAGAUCAAAAGGAACGAGACAAUUUGGUUGGAUAUCAUAUGACGCACAGGUGUUUACAUACAUGAUAUUCGCUCGAUACAAGUACUGUGACAUAUCGGAUUUAUUUUCUGGAUGCACUAUCACCAAAAAGUACACUCCAAAACCUGUCAUUGCCAAGAACAAAAUACUACGCGAGUUUGAUCAGUCGAGUUUUAACCAGUGUCGAGCAAUCAAUUCUCAUAAAUGGAAUGAACCAGAUCUCAGUGUAUACAUUGAUACAUAUGGUCUUCCAGACCCCGACACUCCACUCUUGAUCGAUCACACAGAGCUCACUGAAAACAUGCGUCAAGUCGAGCCGUCAUACUAUGAACUAAACAUACACGUGGAUUGGAGCAACUACUCUCACGACUUGUUCUUUUCCAAUAAUAUCGCUCCCUUUUACGCAUAUACUGGUAUGACUUGGCAUAAAUUGGUCAUGUCAUCUCCCUAUUGUGAUGGGUUUGAAAGAAUAUUUUCUUAUUUGUACCCAAUCCAUUAUCAAGACAAGGUCGACAAGUUAUUACAACAAUUCAACAACAAUCAGAAUGUGGAAUUGACAGAGGAGGAUAAAAAGUUUAUCUUUACUCUGCCAAGAGUAGACCCAAGUUUAAAUGUCGAUCAAAUGUACAAUUUCACAAAGUUGGUAUUACUCUACACAAAUCAAUCACUUCAACAAGAAGAAUUGGAGAUUGAUGAGGGUAGUACUGAGGAGUUUUGGGGGUCUUUGGCCCAUGACGCUGGUAACAGAUAUAUUCAGCCAAUGGGGUUCUAUUUCCCAACCUAUGCCAUUUUCCUCUUGGAGACUAUUAAAUCGGAUUGUCCAGUAAUAGCAGACUAUCUAUUUAACCAGAGAGAAGAUGUUGAAGCCCAAGUAAGAGUACAGAUUGAAAAUAUUAGAGGUCAUAUCAACCAAGUUUUCAAAAUCAUUCUAUAUAUUGGUACACCCGAUCAAUUUGAAGUGAUUAGACAAGCAUCAUUGGAAGGUGCACAACUAUUAAAAGCAUUUUUCAACAAAUCAACAACUCCCAACUGCAUAGAUAUGGAACCUUCAAUGUUGGAAUAUGUCAUUUCCAAGAUGGACAAGAUUAAUUUAGCCACUUAUUUACUAUCCGUUACCAAUGCCACUCCCAUUCAAUAUUCAACUCUUAAAAAUCUUUGGAUAUCAACUUUUCCCAAUGGAGCCCACUCUGGUUUCUUGCCUAAAUUUAAACCUAUCAAUUAUUCUUUAAUUCAAAUUUAUAAACAAGAUAAAGAAUUUUAUAAUAAAUAA